UGAUUGUAAAUGAGGAGGGGAAAAACCGGAGGAUCCGGAGAAAAUUCACGCGACCACGGAGAGAGAGAGACGCAAACUUUAAAUAUAAACCAGGCGUCAGGAUUUGGAUGACACCCACCACCACUUGUAUACCUGGUGAGGGAGAUAACAUCUUGACCCCAACUUGCUGUCGAAGGAUGAUUUCAUCUCUCAACACUCAUCUCAAGAAUGAACGACCGCAGCUGAACCUCACUGCUUUAUAUUAACAACAGGACUAAUUUCUAUAAAUGUCAAGGUGUGUGCAGUAGCCGUGUUCACCUUGAGGCUGCUGUUUGCGCACCUCGGGGCGCCGGUUCACACUCCAGGGAAUGUCUCGUGAUGUCAGUGACGACAAUGAAAAUAUUGUAAGUAUUUUACUUCCUUCUUCACCCUCGCUAUAAGAGAGAGGUCCUGGUCCAGCGUCUCUCUGAGCCACACAGCGAGUGAUCCCAGCGAAGUAAUGGGUCAUGGCGAGCGCGACUCCCAGUGAGAGUGUGGAUAGUGAGCUCAGCUGCUCCAUCUGCCUGGACACAUUCGUGUGCCCCUCCACGCUGAGCUGCGGACACUCGUUCUGCCUGCGUUGCCUGGAGACCGCCUGGGAGACGGUGAGCAGUUUCAGCUGCCCGCAGUGCCGAGCGACCUUCCCUGUGCGACCCCAGCUGAGGAGGAACGUGGCCCUCGCCAACCUGGUGGACCAGCUCAGAGUUGGAGACGGGAUGGCCACGGCAGUCGUGUGUGACAACUGCGCUGACGGCCAAACUCCUGCAGUGAAGACCUGCGUGAGAUGCGAGACGUCCUACUGUGCGACGCACUUGAAGCGUCACGUGGAGAAUCCCAGGCUGAGAGAACACCUCCUGGUGGCUCCCAUCGCGUACCUGGAGGAGCGACGGUGCCGGGAGCACAGCGAGGAGCUGAAAUUCUACUGCACAGUAGACAGCAGCCUGGUCUGCUCAACUUGCAGCACCGCAGGUGAACACAUAGGACACAAGGUCCUGACGCUGAAGAACGAGCACGAGACACGGAAGACGCGCGUAGGGUAUGAGACGCGAGCCAUGGAGGAGAAGAGGAAGGAGGCGGAUGAGUCCGUGAAGCGGAUGGAGGCCACUCACAAGGAGGCGCAGGAAUCGGUAGCCGGGAUCAGAGGUCGCAUCACGGGCAAGUUCGCCCGCCUAAGGAAGGCUCUGGACGAGGACGAGAGGGAGGCUCUACGUCGCGUGGCCGUGAAGGAGCGCGAGCUCCUGUCCCGGAUUGAGGAGGACAUCGCUCGUCACAAGCGAGAGAUCAGCGAGCUCCAGGCAGCGGCCGCUCGCCUGCGCGCCCUGCAGCACGAGACGGACUCGCUCACCUUCCUGCAGGGGCACCUGGACGAGACGCGCAGGAGAGAGAUCCCAAAGGAAUAUGCACCCCCACCUCCCACUUCACUGGACGCCACCACGGUCCUCUCCCUUGAAAGGGUCGUGAACAGAUUCCUGCCUCUCGUCUAUGGACGCUCACCGACUCUGGACACAAACUCAGCCCACGACCACCUCCAGAUUUCUGCGGAUCGCAGGACAGCAACGUGGAGCGGUGUCCCCCAGCGUCGCCCCCAUCACCCACACCGCUUUGAUGUCUGGGACCAAGCGCUGUGCUCUGAGAGCUUCUCGUCGGGUCAGCACUACUGGGAGGUGGACGUGGGGAGCGCGGGGCGGUGGUGUCGGGUUGGAGUCGCAUACGUGACGAUCCCACGGAGAGGGAAUGGUGCUGAGUGCCGCCUGGGAGAGAGUGACGUCUCCUGGUGCCUACGGAAAGAUGGCGACAGCUUCUCAGUGUGGCAUGGCGGGGUAGAGACGUCACUGUCGGUGCUGGAGCCUCCGUGGAGAGUCGGGGUCCAUCUGGAUUGGGACGCAGGGGUGCUGUCGUUUUACAGCGCCGACUCCAUGGUGCCAUUACACUCGUUUCAACAAACAUUCACUCAGCCCCUACAUCCUGGGCUGCUGGUGGGGUGGGGUAAAGUUGGUGCCUCAGUGAGGAUUGUGGAUCUGAGUGGUGCGUCCUGAGAUAGGUGAACGUGCCAUGCCCGUGACUGGCUGGUGACUGUCACGUGACUAGUGUAGGGGUAAAGUGAUUAGCAAUGAAUUUUGAUUUAAAGCUUUCGUGACUGCAGUAAUUCAU